UAUUCAAUCGAUUAACCUUGAUUGCUGUGAAAAAAUAGUUCGGUCGAUAAAAUGACCUAUUCUAACUUGAAAUAGAUUCAUCAACUCGCUGAAGUAGCUGCAAAUUUGUGUCGGCUGGUCCAGUGCAAUACCACUUAAUUACUCAGCAGGUUUAUUGUAUCAUUCGUAUUUUAAGGGCAACUAAUAUUGCUACUCCGUUUUCAAGCGUUUUGUUUUGCUUUGCGAUGAUUUAAAAUACAAACAUAGUCACUAAUUACUAUAAAACGAGAUGUGUUAUUACGCCGUUGACUUACAUAAUCUUCUUAGAUGUUUUUUUCAGUUUAUAAUUUAUAUAGGUAUUUGUAUAGGAUUAUUUUAUCCAGAUAGUAUGCCUAUCUCAAAGGACGACCACGAGAUAGGAAUGGAAAUAAAUUACAUGGCUUAUCAAUGUUAUCAAAAUGUAAUGAAUGACACUUCGUAGAUGACAUUUUUGCGAUGAAUAAAUGACAGUUCCAUUAAUAUUGAAAAAUUAUAUUUUAUUGAUUUAUCGUUUUGACCGGUUUUGUGGUGUAAGUCAUUACAGCAGUAAGCGUUUUAUCCGUUAAAGGUUCACAUACUAUGAUAUGACAGGCAAAAAAAAUGUCGAAAUACAUCUGAAAUAGAAUUAAAGCACGUACAGAAUACGAGUGAAAGUCCAAGUAUAUCAAAUAUGACUCACAGUGCGACAGUCGUCGAGUUCAGAGUUUCCUUACCUUAGUAACAAACUAUUUCCUCUCCUACGAUAACCCUGACAACAAUUUUAAGUGUGAAAUAUAAUAAAAUAUGUAUAUUGUUAUGAUAGUAAUAAGCAAGUGGAACUUAUUUAUGUUUUCGUCUGUCUCUCAAUGUCCCUCUCUGUUUUGCUCCAUUAAAAUAAUAUCGUAUUAGGUAUACGUCAUUUUCGCUUUAGAGAUAUAGCGGACCGCUUACGGGUAAGCCGAUGCGGCGGUGGGUUAGCAUCAAUCGGACGAGACGUGACGACCAAGACGACAUCAGCGAUGCUGAGACUCGCUAGUGCGGUUAUAUGCGUGUUGGCGCAGUUGUGGAUCGGACGGGCCGGUGCCAUCCCUAAUCGGACGCCUCCCAUCAAGUGGUUGAUCAACACUGGAAAUAUGGCAGGCCGAUGGCCCCCACCGUCGUGGACCGGAAGUAACAGCUGCAACAAUAACACCGCGACGCCAAACGCUAUCAGCCGGAUGCAAAUGAUCCGCGGCGGCACGGCGGCGGUGCUGGUCAUGCCCACCGGAGACGGUGGCCGAAGGUGUUGCAGUGACGGCGCCCUGCCGCAGUUCUCCCUGGGCCUGGUGGACCUCAAGCACGGAUUCAACAACCUGUAUCCGGCCGUGCAGCCAUUUCCGAAUUGGCAGUCGUUCGUGGACGAGGACCCGCCACCAGUAACGGAACCACCCUUAAUGGAUGAGCAGGACCGGAACGCCACCGAACCGGACGAACAGCUCACUUCUGAAGAAAUCCCCACCGACGGCCACAACGAUGAAAAAAACAGCGGCCGCCGGCGCAUCAUCAACGCCGUGGACGCGUUCCUUGACGAUCGAGGACGAAUCCUCUGGGUCCUGGACUCCGGGCAGGCCGGUGAAGAUGCCUGUAACGGAAUCAUGCCGUUCAGUUGUGAUAAAUCCGGGUCAGAGCCUUCGGAGAUAGACGAUCAGCUGCUGAAACCAAAGUUCGUCGCUAUCGACGUGUAUACAAACCAGAUCAUCGACGUUGUAAGUCUGUCACGCGUUUGGCGUCCCGGAGUGAGCUGUUUCCAGUACAUAGUGUCCGUGUACCUGGAUGCCGAAGAAGAAGAUAACAACAGUGGUUCAGUAGACGGUGAGACCACUUGUGGAAGUACCAAAACAUGCACUUUAGACUGGCCACUGGUGGUAAUCGGGGACGCCGGAACUAACCGUGUGCUGGUGUACACACACAGCAACGACAGGUUUGCCGAGAUAAUAUUGCCACUGGAAGAAGAACACGAUGCGCUGCACGACGCCGACAUCGACGGUAUAGGUGACGAGGCAAAGGACAGCGAAUAUAGGCGCUCCCGAUGGCCAACUCCUCCGACCAGGGACAUGCUCUACUUGGCCCCGCUGACCAUCAGGCCGGGCCAGGUCAGGCUGUUGAUCACUUACCACGGUUGCCGCGAAGUAUACAAACUCCGGUUGGAACCGUCCACUUCUGAUCUACCGUCUUACGACGACGGUCCCGAGACCCGCGAUACGACCCUAGCGCCGUUGUCCCCGAUCAUCGGCACACUGGCAGUUCUUGGGCGGAAGCCGUGCCGGAUGGUCGUACUGGGCACGGACCGUCGGCGGACGGACGUCGUCGGCGAGAGUUUCGCGGACGGCGGGACUACCGUGUACUUCCGAUUGGAAAACACCAACGAUAUAUGGUCGUGGAAGGUAUUCAGCGGGAAGAAGAAGCUGACCGGAUCGCACUUGUACAUCGACGAACGUGACUUCCGGUUGGUCAGGCUGGGCCGGACGUGUCGCAUCCCUGUCGCGAUUUCGAUCGCACCGGCGACCGUCGGGAACGGAUGCGCAGACGACGUGGACCAGAAUUCUGGGGCCGCCGAGAAGACAGCCUCGGGAAAACAGAUACGACAAAUCGUGUGGAUGUUAGAGACGAACUUCGUCGAUCACUUCGCGGCCACUGCGGACAGGAUGGGAGCUAACGCCAAGCUGCAACCCCUCGAAGUGCCACUGCAGAACGACGGGAAUGCCGCCCGAGCGUUGAGUUUUGACGCUGCGAUGCAAAAUUUUCCUCUGCGAAGUCAGCCAGCCAAUAGAGACUUCCGGAUGCAGCGAAACUCAGUUUUCCGUCAACGACGGUCACAGACGUCUAAACGUUGUAGAAGCAACACCGGAAGAUGACCAAUCAAACGGAUCUUGUAUGGUGGUUUUUCUUUCCCUAAAAAGUACUUGCAGGUAUACCAUGCUAAAUCCGCAGGUGGGCGGACAACGAAAUCGAUGCGAGCUGUCAGUUCACAGACAUUAAGUAGUUGCAUUUUCAUAAUGAGGUUAUAUCGUCUGUAAAUUGAUUUAAUAUUAUUAUUUUGAUAUCAGCUGACCACAGCGGUACACGUUUAAGACUCGAUUUAUUUUACGAACCUACACAUCAACUUACUUUCAUUGAAAACAGUACUGUACGAAAAAUACCAAGUCACCAUUG